AUGUCCGACGAGAUGCCUUCUUGGAAAUUUCUGGCGAACGCAGCUUCGCGCUCUAUUAAGAACUACGUCUCUCAACGCGACUACAAACGACCAUCUCCCAUAACCCGGGAAGUCAGCUUGGAUGGGAGCUCGCGCAGGAAGACAUGGGGCCAGUGGGCAGGUCAGAAACUGCGACAGGUUCAGGGAGAGCCUGGUGCAAGCGUCGAGAAUGUGCUCUUCUUCCCUGGUUGGGCAACAAGACGUUUCCACGACCCGCUUGCAAACUCGGCAGAUGAUGCACCAUUUGACGUCGAAGUCUUUGUCUCUGGCUUUGCCUCGAGGUCCAAUGGACUAGGGUUUGGCACUCGAUCAGGAAAGGCUUUUCUCAAGCUGGCAAAGAGCAUUGCGGCGCUUCCGAAGCUCACGACACAAAUUCCCGUACAUGGAUACACCGAUAAUUGGUCGACAAAUAAGCCUAUAAGCACGUCAACAGAGAACCUUAUCGGCGACAAACAGAUGCCCCUGCCUCCCGAUCAAAUGGACGGGGCGGCAGAGAUUGCAGCGUUGGAAAACCAACUGCGUCAGUUGGACGUCGACGCCGAUAACGCGAGUACUAAUGGUGAGACGGAGUCUGUAGCGUCAUCUCACACCUCCCACAGCUCAACAGUUCACUCCCCAAUAUCUGAAGUGGAUCUAAAUGGGCAGGGCUCAAAUGUUUCCCAAGAGCUGCACAAAUGGCACGCGAACCUAGAGGCACGUCUGCACCCAUUUUGGGCUUCAGCAGUGUCUUCUCGGAGGGUUCGGAUUUCUUUAUAUGCAACCAAUCCCUCACUAGCAGAGGCAGAUGGUCAUGCUGAUUCUGCCGAAGAGAUCUUCCAACUCCCCCUCAUGCGUCGCGAGGUCGUCACUGCAAUGGACGGCUCAUUUCAAGUUAGGUUCCAAGUGCCAUGGAAGACCUUAUGCCUUCAUCCUCAAGGGGUACUUCUUGCGUUCGACGAUAGAAAACUAGAACAUGACUUUUACGUUAUCGCCGAACUACAGCCGCCCUCACCUCGACAGUCAAACAGCUCGCCGUAUCAACCACCUGCAAUAUUCCCCGUGGCGCCCGUGACGCAGUCCAUAUCAAUUCCUCUUUCCUUCGCACCCGUGCGUAUCAUCUCUGAUAUUGACGACACGGUCAAGUUGGCAGGAGUGCUAAGUGGUGCUCGAGCCGUCUUCCACAACGUCUUCGUGAAGGAUCUUGAAGACAGUAUCAUACCAGGCAUGGCAGAGUGGUAUACCGAUAUGUGGAAGCGCGGGGCUCGCUUUCAUUAUGUUUCUAAUGGGCCAUUCGAGAUUAUGCCGGUUCUCACCAACUUCUUCCAACUGACACGAUUGCCCCCAGGAUCUGUGAGGCUGCGAUCGUACGGUGGACGUUCGCUUUUCAGUGAUUUGCUGUCCGCGCCUGCAACUCGCAAGCGAGGAGGCGUGUUGGACGUCUUAGACAGCUUUCCCCAAGCACGAUUCUUCCUCAUUGGUGAUUCUGGAGAGCAAGAUCUGGAGCUUUACGCGAGCAUCGCAAAGGAGCGACCGGCUCAGAUCCUGGCUGUCUUUGUCCGGGACGUGGGAGCAGAAAGGGAGAUGGAACCUUUGGACGACCCAACCGGUUCUAGGGUACUCAGGUUGGAAGAGCAGUCGGAAUCAGGACCCUACCCUUUUGCGCCAUCCAUGUCGAGCCGAUCGAGUUCUAAGAGCAGCACCAGUCGUGGCUCCGUAAUUCGAUCCAUUACCGACACUUAUAGUGCGCCGAGAUACGCACCGAGGAAACCGAUGAGAAUGUACUCGGAUACAGAGGUAGUCUCAGGACCACGAGAGUCGACCAAUGGCUACUUCAAUUCAACAUCACUGACUGCAUCACCUGUAACCGAAGAACCUGAGGAGAUGUCGACACAAUCCUCGCCUGGCGUGCCCUCGGACCGCGUUUCGGGCGACGUCUAUUCUGGAACUCGGCAAUAUGUGUCGGACGUCGAGAGGAGACGCAGUGACUUGCAGAUGCGCGUCUGGCGGGCGCGUUUGGAUAUCCCGGACCACAUACCCUUGCGUAUCUUCAGAACACCAGAGGAGUGCGAAGAAGCCGCGAUUUUACUUGACGGACUCACUCCAUGA